UGCGAGGUGUGCGGGGUGUCUAUCCGAUCACGAAUAAAACCACACGCGCUCGCACGGACGUGCUAACGCUUUCGGCAACGAUUCGCCAAUACGUACGCGUCCGGUGUUCCUUCCCUCUUUUUUCUGGCCCUCGGUGUCUCGAAAGCGUCCUGCUUUUGAGUCUUGAAACGCGACGCGUAACCGGAGACCCCACGGAAUAGAGAGAAAGAGAGAGGCCACCGUACCGCAACUUCUUUAACAACGAAGAUGUCGACUAAAUCGAGCAAGAAGACGGCGGCGGCGGCAGCCGCGGCAGCGGCCGCCGCGUCCUCCGCGACGACCGCCGCCUCGUCGUCGUCGAGUAGCAUUCAAUCGCCGCCGAGCACAUCGACGCCGAUCGUUGGUCGACGGCCCGGCAGCCCGCUCAGCCCUACUCGCUACUCGCGGAUGCAAGAGAAGCAGGAUCUACAGAAUCUCAACGAUCGUCUGGCAUGUUACAUCGAGAAGGUACGUCAUCUCGAGACGGAGAACUCCCGGUUGACGCGGGAGGUGCAAACCACCCAGGAGACCGUCACUCGGGAGGUGUCCAACAUCAAGGCUAUGUACGAACACGAGCUCUCCGACGCGCGGAAGUUGCUCGACGAGACGGCAAGGGAACGCGCCAAGCUCGAGAUCGACACCAAACGCCUGUGGGAUGAUAACGAAGAUUUUAAGAGCAAAUUGGAGAAAAAAACAAAGGAUUUGCAAAUAGCAGAGCGAAAUGCCAUGAUCUAUGAAACACGCUGCAGUGAUUUACAAUCACAAUUCAAUCAAUCGCAGGCAGAGCGCAAGAAGCUUGCAGAGAAAGAUCGAGAUUCGGAGAAGGAAAUCGAAAGAUUGAAAGCGUUGCUCGACGAUGCUCGGAAACAUCUGGAGGAGGAGACUUUGCAGCGAAUCGAUCUGGAGAACAAUAUUCAAAGUCUCAAAGAAGAUAUCAGUUUUAAGGAUCAAGUUUAUCAACAAGAACUUUCGGAGACUCGUACGAGACGACAAGUUGAGAUAUCCGAAAUAGACGGGCGCCUCGCGGAACAAUACGAGGCGAAAUUGCAGCAGUCGCUACAAGAAUUGCGCGACCAAUAUGAAGCACAGAUGCGUGCAAAUCGAGAGGAGAUUGAAUUGUUAUAUGAAAACAAAAUCAAGAAUUUGGCAUCUCAUGCACAACGUAAUAGUGGAGCCGCCAGUAUAGCAGUCGAAGAAUUAAGACAGACACGCUCUAGAAUCGAAGGGCUUAAUUCAAGAAUCAGCGAGCUCGAAGCGUCCAAUAAUGCGCUUAAUGCACGAAUCAGAGAUUUGGAAAAUUUAAGAGAAAACGAACGUUCUCGUCACGCGGAAAACUUGGCUGGAUUGGAAGCGGAAUUAGCACGUAUGCGAGACGAAAUGGCUCAGCAGUUGCAAGAAUAUCAGGAUCUCAUGGACAUUAAAGUGGCACUUGAUUUAGAAAUCGCUGCAUAUCGUAAAAUGCUCGAGUCUGAAGAGGCCAGAUUAAACAUUACGCCUAUGCAAUCGACAAACACGUCUUUAAGUGGUAGAGCAACUCCGUCCAGACAUACCCCUCUUAGAGGGGGUAAACGAAAACGCACUUUAUUGGAAGAAAGUGAAGAACGUAGCAGUAGUGAUUACAGCGUUUCAGGUACUGCUAGGGGUGACGUAGAAAUUACUGAAGCAGAUCCCCAAGGACGAUUUGUUAAACUUACCAACAAGGGCAAUAAGGAAAUAAGUUUGAGCGGCUGGCAGCUUAUUCGCAAAGCUGGUACUCUGGAAACAGUUUUCAAGUUUCAUCGUACAGCAAAACUUGAAGCAGGUGCUAAUGUAUUGGUAUGGUCAGCUGAUCUCGGUGCGACACACGAGCCACCAUCUAACAUCGUUAUGAAAGGUCAGAAAUGGUUUAUAGCGGACAACAUGAGUACGAUUCUGUUCAAUAACGAAGGAGAGGAACUGGCAACUUCUGAACGCAAGAGACAGCAAUUGUCUACAAGUUUGUCCCGACAUAGGGAAAGUAUAGGAUUCCGAUCAACAGAAGAACUUCAUCACCAACAGAGAAGAUAUCUCUACCCGUAUUAAGGGUGAGGGCACACGACUCUGAUGGGCACUUUAUAGUGAUCCCCAAGGUGAAGAACGUUGCCGAAUUAUGUGAACAUAAAUUUAUAAUUAUUAAGCUUAAUUAUACACAUUAUACUCUAAAUUAAUUUUGGUAAGUGAAUGUUGUAUUUUAUAUCUCUGAUAUUAUACUUUAAAUUAAUUUUUUUCUGUC